UUUUAAAUAAGAAAUGUGUUUAUUUUUUUUUUUUUUAUGUCGCAACAGGGCUUAUUUUAAAUAGAAAAUACCGAUGCUCGAAGCUAUAAGGAUAAGUAUAAAAACACAACCGACAGCGAAACAAUUCUGCAUUAUAUAUAAAAUAUUGUGAGAAUUUAUGUACAUUGUACAUAACUCAGAGUUAAAAACCAGUCCAGCACUGAAACAAGUUUCGGCAUGAUCUAUUCAAUACACGGUAUUCUACUCAUCGCACGCAGCUGCUGCAUCGAAAGAAAAAAGAAAGAUAAAAAGGCGAUCAAUAGAGAUCGUAACAAAAUAUAAUAAUGUAAUCUGUAUCAGCUGCUUCUGUUUAUUGACUGCUUUAAGGACUUACAAUAAGCCAGAUAGAAAACCUUACAGAAUGCUCCGACUGGAAAAGUGUUAUCAUUACAGGCAGUGUCCAGACAGGAGGUUUUGGCAGUGCGCUGCGAUCAAGUAUCCUUCACUCAAAACUUUAUCUCCUGUACUUUUCACAUGCAAAUUAACCGAUAAAGCGCUGGGAUUUGUACUUACAUAGCAUGGACUGCUGAGCACAGAACGAGCAAAGAAAGGCGCAGAUCGAAACGUGGCGAACUGUCAUCAGAAGGUUCAAAUGAAAGAUAGACAAUACCAUAUCCCAUUUCAUAAGCAGGGAAUGGAAUCGACAAAUUCUUGGGACAACUGUUAUGUAUUCUUUUGUUCUUUGUGGGAUAAUAAACAACUCACUGAAGAGUUCUCUUAAACAAAUUGUCGUGUCGAUGCUUCAUUCGUCGUUACGUACUUUUCUGCGUUCUGCCUUGCGGUUUAUUGUUGUUGAUGUAUAACUUCCGAUGGCCAAGCACUCCGAAGGUGCAGUCGAAUUUUACGGCAGUCGGACUUCUAGUAAGCACCAAAUUUUGCCACAUUCCAGAUAUAGACCCGUUUGAAUCAUCAGUGAAAACGUACUUUAGUGUUAGCUUCUGGAAACCGUGUGCCGAACCUCAUUCUCUUACUCAUCAAGAUGGUUCAAUCUUAAGACUAAACCAUUCGUUAAUAAAGUACAAGCACAGAGGAAACUUCAAUAUUUGUAAAGUCUUUCCUAUUCGUAGAUUGGAUAAAGAUGACCACUCGUUUGAAUAUCUUCCUGCAUUUACACACUUUAAUAAUGACAUAAAGAUAAAAGACGAAUUUAUUAAAGUUCAAUGUUAUGGGCUAAAAAAUGACGUGAUCUAUACAAAUUUUCAUGCUUUUAUUCAUAAAAAAAACAUCAAGCCCAAAGAAAAUGUUCUGACCACAAGAAUUGAAACAAUGUUAACAAAUAUUAACAAAAAUUAUAGAAAAACAACUGUCUCCAGUUUAAAAACUACUAUGAAGGCAACAGCGACCACUUCGUUUGUAAAGAACCCCAUUAAUAUUCUUCUAGUUGGUAUUGAUUCCAUGUCACGCUUAAACUUUUUGCGACAAAUGCAAAUGACACAUCGUUAUAUAUUAAAAUUGGGUGCCAUUGGUAUGCUCGGCUACAAUAAAGUUGCGGAUAAUACAUUUGUGAACUUGGUUCCUUUACUUACUGGUAAGUAUCUAGAAGAGCUUCCAUGGAACGAAACGCUGAGUGGAUUACCAUUAGAUAAAUACAAUUUCCUGUGGAAGCGAUAUAAGAAUCAUGGAUUUACUACUUUGUUUGCAGAGGACGACCCUCCUAUAGGGACGUUUAAUUAUUUAAAAUUUGGUUUCAAACAACAACCUACGGACCAUUAUUAUAGACCAUUUGCUCUCGCAAUGGAGGAAGAGAAAUCAAUCUGGACGAAAGACUGCGUUCGAGAUCGAACAGAAACAGCUAUAAUUCUCCAAUAUAUUUAUGACUUUGCGAGAGUCUACAAGGACAUCCCAUAUUUUAGUUUAUCUUUUAUUGGGCGUCUCACUCAUGACGACAUCAACAAAGCUGGUCGCUGUGACGCUGAAUAUUAUAAGUUUUUCAAAACGUUAAAUGAUGAACAACUUCUUAAUAACACCCUUGUUGUAUUUUUUUCUGAUCACGGCAUCCGAUUCGGAUCAUUUCGCAAGACAUACGUAGGUCGACUCGAAGAAAGAUUACCUUUCAUGUUUAUCAUUCCACCUCCUUUCUUCAAACAUCGCUACCCAAACCUUUUGAAUAACAUAAAAAUUAAUUCUCACCGUCUCACAACACCAUUUGACAUUCAUGAAACGUUGAUAGAUGCCCUCCAUAUAGAGAAAGCCAAUUUGAAAUAUUCUACAGUGCAAAGAUAUUCUCCCGAAAAAAUGAAAAGCAUUAGUUUGUUCUCUAGAGUUCCGGAAGAAAGGUCUUGUAAAAGUGCAACUAUUUUACCUCAUUGGUGUGCCUGUCAUCAGACUACAGCAGUGAGUACUAGUGAUGAUACAGUUAUUGAUAUUGCUGAGCAAUUAGUAAAGAUAAUUAACAAUUUAACAUUAGAAUAUAGAAACGUAUGCUCGAAAGUUCGGUUGAGUGAAAUAUUAGAAGCUUCAAUGAUCAAAGCCAACGCCGAGAUGAUGCGUUUUGAAUAUAGUCAUCAUGAUGUUAUUGACAGAUAUGUGGCCUACGGUGAUUUAGCAGAACAAAGUUAUAUAGAUUAUCAGAUAACUAUUUCCACAUUGCCGGGUAAAGGGCUGUUUGAUGCGACUGUCCGUUAUCAAAUCAAAGAUAAAUCAUGUACACUUGUUGGUGGCAUUAGUCGGACCAAUAAAUACGGCAGCCAUGGAAACUGUAUUGCGAUACCUAAAUUACGACCUUUUUGUUAUUGUCUCAAAAGCAAUUAAUCUAAAGUGAAGAAAGAAGUAUACAAACGCAGAAUCCAACAGUAACAGCGUAAAAAGAAUAUAUUUUACUCUCGUAUAUAGUGACGCUUAAUUAGAAAAACAAAGAUACUGCAACAAUAUAUUUAUUACAAAUUAAUAAGAAUACCUUCAUAUAAAAACUUAGAUUUUAAAACAUUUUAAAAUAUUUUAAAAUAUUUUAAAAGAAAUCGACGCUAAGACAUAAAACACAACUACAGUUAUAAAAUGACUCCAGUGUACUAAAGAAACUAAUCCAAAUAUGCAAACCAAACAGCAAAUUACUUUGAUAAUGUACCUAAUGCAAUCUUAACAUAGACAUUCAUUAAAUGGUCUGUGGGUUGGAAUGCAUCAUAAAGCUGUAAAAUAAUAAUGCAUCAUGGCUGUAAAAUAAUAAUGCAUCAUGGCUGUAAAAUAAUUUAAAACUUAAAAUUCAAAGAUAAAUAGUUAUUCAACUUGAUACCACUGACCAAUCAAGGAAAAUGAGGCAAAAAGGCCAAAAUAACACCUAAGAUCAAUUGAAUACCCUUUUUUUAAGCGAGAAUAAGUGUUCUCUUUGAAAAAAACGGAAGGAAAUUUUGAUUUGCUCAUGGUUAUGUUCCUCGGCACCAAAAUUUGUGAAGUAAUUGGUCUAUUCUUACAUAGUAAGUUUAAGGUAACAAUGUGAUCCGUUUAAAGUUGAUGGACUAUGAUUAAGAAUAGCACGAUCAGAUGUACAGUCAAAGAAGUUUUUGAAACAUUCAAUAAAUUCAGAUAUUGGAAAGUAAUACUUAAUUUUGCUCAAAAUCACUCAAAUUCUUCUGGAAACUGAAUAUUGCUUCAUCAUUUAUAACCCUCAUUAAUAAAUAAAACAAGACAAAAGGAAUAUAUGCAUUACAUUGAGUUUCAUUUAUCAUCAAAGGGAAAUGGGUAGCUCUCCUUCCAUUUUAAGAAAACACUUCCUGAUACAUCAAAUUUCCUUUGUUCAGCCAAAGCAUUUUUAAGUAUGAGUUUCAAGUCUAAACGUAAUGCAUUUUCACAAUACAUACAGUUAUUCAAUUAUAAAUCUAAUUCUAGGUUUCUAUAACCAAAUACCUGAAUACACGGAUUAAUACUUUGUAUACUGAGUUGAUGUUGCCCAAGUAAAUACCUUGUUCUAAUUUACAGAACACAUAAUAGAACAUUCAAAAAUCAUUUGACUAAACACAAAGACAUUAGGAAACCAAUACGGCGCUCUUGAAAUUACAUUGCACAUUAAAUAAAGAGAAAUUAAAACUAUAACCUCGGUAAUAAUCUGGGUGCAGCUGAGAAAUUGAUCAACAUAUUACAUUCUCUAUCUCAGAAAAAGAAAAGAGAAACUUCACAUAUUUCAAAACACUCAAAUAAAAACUUAAAGAAUAAUUUGAA